AAUACCAGUACAAUUAUGGGUGGUAUCUCUUCUUUCAGUCCCUCCACAGACAAAAACCCAUUUUUUAUCACCCCUUUCUCCAAAACCCCCCUCAGACUUUCUCCGAAACCCUAAUAACCUUCACUUCAAAAAUCGCCCCAAUCAUGGCGACCAACUCGCCGAACCUCGAAUGCCGAAUGUACGAAGCCAAGUACCCAGAAGUGGACAUGGCAGUAAUGAUACAGGUGAAAAGCAUGGCGGACAGCGGCGCAUACGUUUCGCUUCUCGAGUACAACAACAUAGAAGGAAUGAUCCUUUUUUCUGAACUCUCUCGUCGUCGAAUUCGGAGUAUUAGCAGUCUCAUCAAAGUCGGCCGUAUCGAGCCGGUUAUGGUUCUUAGGGUUGAUAAAGAGAAAGGAUAUAUUGAUCUGAGUAAACGAAGGGUUUCUGAAGAAGACAUAUCGGCUUGUGAGGAGAGGUAUAAUAAGAGUAAGCUUGUUCAUUCAAUCAUGCGUCACGUUGCUGAAACCAUGGGAAUUGAUCUGGAGGACUUGUACAUUCAUGUUGGUUGGCCUUUAUACAGAAAAUAUGGUCAUGCUUUUGAGGCAUUCAAAUUAGUUGUUAGUGAUCCAGAUUCAAUUCUUAAUUCCCUCACCCGUGAAGUUAAAGAAAUUGGCUCUGAUGGGAAGGAGGUAACUAAGGUUGCUCCUGCUCUAUCCGAGGAAGUUAAAGAUGCCUUAGUCAAGAAUAUUCGGAGGAGAAUGACUCCACAACCUUUGAAGAUUCGAGCAGAUAUUGAGAUGAAAUGUUUUCAGUUUGACGGCGUCCUUCACAUCAAGGAAGCUAUGCGUAAAGCAGAAGCUGCGGGUAAUGAUGAUUGCCCAGUUAAAAUUAAACUUGUUGCUCCUCCAGCAUACGUGCUCAAUACUCAGACUCUUGACAAGGAGCAAGGCAUAGCAAUCCUUACUAAAGCAAUUGCAGCUUGCACCGAGGAAAUAGAGCGUCACAAAGGAAAACUUGCUGUCAAGGAGGCUCCUAGAGCGGUGAGCGACUAUAUUCAUUAUGAGUACUUCUUUAUUUGUGGAAUGUGCUUCUUCCUAUGUUUGGAUGACCUAUAUUUGGAGACCAGAAUCCAGAUUAACCAUAAUAGAUAUAGUUGGUAAAUCUCUUAAUAAUCA